UAUUGUCGGCCGGCCUUUGCGAUGGUUGGCCGACGGGUACGGAGAGGGCAGUGCUUUGAUGGCACAGUCAUGUCAUCCAUCACUCGUGUUGGCCAAAGACGACAACGACAGACGUUUACACAAAGGACUGAGUGAUAGAUCAGUUGAGAAUUGUGUUUCACGACAAGAGUCUCUCUUUCCGACAAACUGUAUAAACCACUGUACAUUUAUGUUUGAAGUGAACAUAUUUUCUUCGGUUUCCAUCAAAAUCGCCAUUGCGAUUCCCCGCAGACAAUACACACGGAAAGCCUAUUCAAUACACACUUUUACAAACACUUUCUCAUCAGUGAUGGAGAAUAUUGUC